GGAUUUCCGAGCGGGCCGGUCCCAGCCGUCCUCGUCGCCCGCCGCGCGCACCGAGCGCCAUGGCCCAGCCGCCGCCCGACGUCAGCGAGGACGAGUGUCUCCCUGAGUACCGCCAUCGCUUCUGCCCCGACCUGCUCCGGGACAAAGUGGCCUUCAUCACAGGUGGUGGCUCUGGGAUCGGGUUCCGGAUUGCUGAGAUUUUUAUGCGGCAUGGUUGCCACACAGUCAUCGCCAGCAGAAGCCUUCCAAGAGUGUCAAAGGCUGCCAGAAAGCUGGCUGCUGCCACCGGCCAGCGGUGCCUCCCUUUAUCUCUGGACGUGCGGGCUCUCCCUGCCGUCACAGCUGCUGUGGACCAGGCACUGAGGGAGUUUGGGAAGAUCGACAUUCUUGUCAACUGUGCAGCUGGAAACUUCCUGUGCCCCGCCAGCGCGCUGUCCUUCAACGCCUUCAAGACCGUGAUGGACAUCGACACCUUGGGCACCUUCAAUGCAUCUCGUGUGCUUUAUGAGAAGUUCUUCAGGGACCAUGGAGGGGUGAUCGUGAACAUCACUGCAACCCUGGGGACCCGGGGGCAGGUGCUUCAAGUGCAUGCAGGCUCGGCCAAGGCGGCUGUGGAUGCGAUGACACGGCACUUGGCUGUGGAGUGGGGUCCCCAGAACAUCCGUGUCAACAGCCUCGCCCCCGGCCCCAUCAGUGGCACAGAGGGCUUCCGGCGGCUGGUCACCUCCCAGGCCAGUGUGGGCACGAAAACCCUGGCCAUCCCCCUGCAGAGGCUGGGCAACAAGACAGAGGUUGCCCACGGUGCGCUGUUCCUGGCCAGCCCUUUGGCAUCCUACGUGACGGGCGCCGUGCUGGUGGUUGACGGCGGGGCAUGGCUGACAUUCCCCAACGACCUCAAGUUGCUGGCAGAUUUCGCGUCCUUCUCUGCUAAGCUCUAGGCCCUGGAUGCCUGAAGCAAAGGAAGUGUUCUGAAGGAAGCUGGUCCACCGUCUCCCGAGGACUUCUGGGAUGGCUCCUGCCGUGUUCCUCGCAGGGCUGCCUCCCACCGCCACACCGGACAGUCUCAGCAGCAUCUCAGCCGGACACUGGCCCAUCCUCUGGGAACUCUGCUGUGUCCACAUUCCCUCCCCACAGCCCUGUCUCCCGCGCUCAGGUGGGAGUGAUCAGGCAAUGAGGCCCCUGCUCGCUGGCCUGCACCCUGUGGAUGUCUGUCAGGGGCACUGGGAUGUUCUGGAACUCCCUCGGGAGCUGGCCUGCGGUCUGUGGCUGUUCCCCCAACUGCCCUGCCUCGCCUCAGCCUGGGAGGCCUUUGUUGUCUUCCUGCCUGUGUCCCCUGUGGU